AUGGACUUUCGUCAUUGCCCAGCUCCUUCAGUCAUACAAGACUAUGCCAUGCCUGCCCUUGGAUCUUCCGGCGCUGCUCCGCCUUGCUACGCCUUGCUCACAAGACGGGCACACUCGCUGUAUGAGAUAUACCUCAUCCCCAAUCUACUACCCAGCCUGCAAUGUGAGAUUAUUCGCACAUUGUCAGCCCUCAACGUGAAGGUGCCUUCCGGCAAUCGACCCUUUAAGCUUCCCUUCGAGAAAGCGCCUCCGUUGGGUCAGAAUCGAGAUCUGAAAGUCAUUUAGAGGUUCCUUCCUGACCUACCACAAUAUUCGUCCACUCUCUUCUCGAUCAACGUGGCGUUCGAGAAUGGGAUUUUGACAGCGUGUGUUGUGUUGACAGGGGUUUGAGGAGCGUCUCGACGCGUAUCUGUCCGAGUACGUCAUUGGCGUCAGGAACUGCGAGGAGUGGAUCACCUAUGGCACCGAGGACAAGGAGCGUCUCAAGGCCGGCCUGAUGCAGCUGCGGGUCAAGGAGCGGCGGGUUCGACUGUUGGACCACUUCUUCAGGCAGUGGAGUCUGGCCCUCUGUGAGCUGGACGACGACGGACGCCGAGCCGCUCUGUACGUUGAGAGACACACCCAAUGGAGACACACCCAUGACAUGUGCCUGCGUGUGUCAGUGGGGAGGGUGGCUUCCUGUAUGUCUUCCUUUUCCUCAUCACCAAGGGGGCGUACACUGGUACUGCCAUCCGGCAUGGCCCGUCGUUCGACAGAUAAGGUGUAUCGAUAGGGUAGAGGAAACACACACCCGCUCACUCGACAACAUGGGUGUGUCUCGCACAGGGUCCAAGAGCACAAGAGAGGCAUCCUCAACACCAUGGAGCACCUCAUUCGCGGCACACCCCUCAGCGCCACUGCCAAGGAAAAGGCAACGACGUAAUUGUCGAACAGCAAUCGAUGUCUACGACCACACCACACCUGCCGUUUUCGUGGAAUACAUACAGCUAUGCUGAGUGUCUGGCCGGAGUCGACUGGGAGUUGAGCAUCCCCACGGCCGCCCGUGUCACAGGUAAUCCCGCCUACAGGAAAAGUCCACGGAGCAGCCCCGCAUGCGCCUUAACAAUUGGGUGUUGUGUCACCUAUGUCUUUUCAGAGGACACAUCGUGGGAUGACAUGGCCUCCCAGAUCGGGUGGAGGGAGUGGACAGCAACGACGUCUGCCGCCAAGGGCAAGUGGCGGGUGAAGUCUCGCAGCCUCAACGCAUUUGUUGACGUCGACAUACACAAACUCAAUAAUCGUCUACAUGGUGAGUCUGUCUGCGUCAAGAGGCCACGUCAGGUCUUCAUUUACCCCUCUGGGUGUGUGCAUGGGUGUCGGUUCCAGGCAACAUCGGCCGAGGGACCACCAAGUCCUUCAUCCAUGAGGUGUUCGACGACCCUGACAAGACACUCUGGGACAUGCUCAUGUCGAGUGUGGCCCGUUUGGCACGUACGCCACACACGGGCGUGGCACCCCUCUCCAUCAUGACCAUGAACCACCAGCCCUCCCUGUGUGUGUAGGGAAAGGCGUCUUCAUCAAACCAUACACCAUCAUGGAGCUGACACGCGACAAGGACAGCUGGACGAUGGAGGAGGCAAGGGUACGAGUAUGGCUCAUGCGCGCAUUGCAGCAGUGUAUGUGCAUGAAACGCCUACAGUUGGAGUGUGGCGCGCGACUUCAUCGCCACCCGUUUUACGAGAAGCUCCCUGAGAAGGGCCAUCCAGGCUUCCCGUGGCGCUGGCGGAAAAAAAAGAAAACGAAAAAAAAAAGGUCGCGCACGCACUGCAGAUGUGCACAUCGAGAUGCUGUCUCCAUUGUCGUUGCAGGGGCUCUGUGCGCAGGUCGUGAGGGACGUCGCCCAGAAGGCCGAGCUCGUCCGUCAAGGAGAGGGGGAGGUCGUGGGUGCCACUCCGUCGGUUUGCCACGAUCGAUGACGUGACGCAACACUGCAUUCAGCAGACGGAGGACUGGGUCAGUCGCAAACUCAUCCCGGCAGCACCGGUAGAAAAAUCAGGGAGGGAACGAUGCACAUCCCCCUGCAUCGAUGACACGGUGUGAUGGUGCCAGAUGACCAAGAAGGAGGCCGGCCGUCAGCUCCAGGCCAAGCAUGCGGAGGAGUUCUCGCUGCCCAUGGGCUUCUUCGAGCAGGCCAGCGGCAGUCUCUGCCUGCGGUUCGACAAGGCAGCACCACAGCACCCCGAUGGCGUCACACCCUUCAAAAGAGUUGCGGAGGUGAGCAUCCCCUAAUGGAAACACGUGAUUGCCCUCAUUGGUCGCCAACCUCUCUAUGUCUGUGUAUGGUCUCUGUCAGAGAGUCCAUAAGCUUGAGGGGCGUCCAGCCCCCCCUUCCAAAGGCCGUAUCACCUCUGCAUCGUGGGGGUUACUCUACGACAUCGCAUUACAAGAAGGUGGGUUCAUGAUGGAUGGUUUGAUGGUGCGUGUGAUCAUGUCUGUUGCCACAGCGUCAUAUGGCCGUGGAAUCCGGCCAGCGCGCGCGCGGUUGCGACGAAGGUGUCCGCGCAGCGCGGGGGAGCAGCGGUGGAGGUGGGCAUUGGAGCCGGAGUAUGUGGAAUGGCGUAGACGGCGUACUGAGCAUGGCUACUAUAUUGAUUGCCUAUCAUAUUGAUUGCCUGCCUACUUGCCGCCCCACGCCCGGCAGACCUCGUCAGAGAGGCUAUCGAGGCGCUGCGGGGGUGGAUUUUGGAGCGCCGGGAGGCCAUCAUGGCGCGGCCACUGGCGGAGGAGGAGGAAGAGGCGGAUGAGUUCGUGGAGGAGGUUUGGCAGGAGCUGGACCCCAUGGCGCGGCUGCUGCGGCGAGCGGAGGAGCUGGACAACCAAGGGCCGCGCCAGGGCACGUCAGCUGGGGAGAGGCCGGUGUUUUUGAAGCAAAUCCACCCAACGUAAGCUCUCAUUUGUAUGACAACAAUCAUGAGUUUCUCUAUGUUCAUUCCUUGCAUGUCUCACCAUUUUCACAGCUGGAUUGGGUGGACCGGUUGGCGGUAGGAUGCGGGACCUACGGCGUGGUAAACAGAGAGAGAGGAGCUCCUACAUGCACUUUGCUGUGUGGAAUCCAAUGCUUGUACCAGGUGGAGGAAGGGCUACUUCGACAGACAACCAGAGUAGCCAUAAAGUCGGUGUGGGACUCGCUGCAGGAGGGUAAGCGGCUCACUCCAACAUGCCUUGAAUGCAUCUCCUUCGUUGGCUGUCUGUUUGAUUGCAGGAAUUGCGCCGACAGAUUGGGAAGUCAUGAAUUUUGAGAGGGAAACUCGUGCAUUUAAAGGUCAGCGUCUUCAACAAGACCCCACUGAUUGCCGUCCUCAUUUCUUACAUUGCUGUCGCUUCGUAGCUUUCUUGAGUACAGAAACAUUUUGAAGUGUCUCGGGGUGUGCCGGUAUGGGGGCAAUGCUGAGGCGAGAGACGCCACACUGAGAGGUCCUCGCCAUUGUCUGGUGCUCGAAUACAUCGAUGGAGGUCAGCAAAAGGACAUAGACUGCUCUGUCAGAAGACCUCCACGUGUUCAUAUGUGCUUCUUGCAGACACAUUGUCCAAUUACCUAAGGGCACAGCCGGCGGCGGGGCGGAGAUUUAUAUCGGCAGAGCAUCUUGUACGCAACGGAGAUAUCAAUCCCGUCAUUUGGCCCGGCGGCAUUGACGUGUUGAUUUGGUGUGUGCAGGUCAAUGCAGUCGGUCCCUUGGAUUUAUUCACAGAGACAUCAAACCAAACGUAAGCACAACUGAAGCACCACUUUGUCUUGAAUUGUUCUGUCUCUUUUGUCUGGCAGAAUUUCUGGUGCGGGGAGAUAAUUUGCAGCUGAAAUUGGCGGAUUUCGGAACGUGCAUUAGACUUUCGGUAUGUGUUCAUUACAGCUGCCAACACGACAUUUCGUUCCUCUACAUGUGCGGCCCGGCGCGUGUCAUGUGUCGAGGAUGGCUACGCGCUGCCCCCUGAGAUGGCGGAAAUUGCUGUUUACAUUUUAUAUCCGUUCGUGAUCACCUCUGCUACCACUACCACCGCAGCUGCCGCUUUGCCGCUUUACUAUUUCAGAGUCGUGAUAUCAGUACUGAUGGGCUUGAGAUGGGGUGUGAGGUGGCUAGUUUUGUUUUCCUGCUUGA